AUCAGUUAUUCUGUGCCGAACUCCAUGUGGUAUUGUCGAAUUGUGACUUAUGAGCUACAGUACUUCACCGGUCGGCGGUCACAAUAAACUACUGAGAUGUUUGUUUAAAUAUAUGAGUUAUUUAGAUUUAAAAUUUCAACGUCAAUAGCUGGCGGCGUGGAACAGAAUAAAUUAAACAUUAAUACAAUCGCACGCCUUGAUCAAAAAUGGACGAGGAUUGUGCUUAUGAGAUAUGUAUGGUUGAUUCGUCAAAGGAAUUACUGAAGGAAGGUUUUAUUAAUUUAUGUCAAAAAUAUGGUACAGUUAAAAAUUUUACUCUUUAUAAAACAAAAUAUGAAAAUCAAGCAUUUAUUCAGUUUGAGGAUAAUGAUUCUGCAUAUAAAGUGUUAAAUGAAAAAUCAUAUUUUCCAUCUUUCAUAUCAGUGGAUCUCUCCAAUCGAACACAAAAAAUGAUAAAUGUUAACAUUGGGAAUGAAAAUGAUAAAGAUGAAGAGAAAUGUGAAUCUGAUGAAAAUACAAAAACAAUUAUUAAUGAAGACGCAAAAGAUGAAUCGUUAGCUAGGGAUUUAUUUUAUAUCGGUCCUAAUGUUUCGGUAAAAAGUUUAGUUGAGGAAUGCAAAGAAUUUAAAGCAAAUAAAAAAAUACCUUAUAAUCUAGGAAAUGAUGAUCUUUUUGGAAAGCCUCUUAAUACAAAAUGGGAAAAAAUAGAAAAGCCUGAAUUUGAAAUUAAUAAUCUUGAUUUCUAUAAUCGUUUUGAAAAUUGUACGGGCGGUGAAAUUAAAAUUGUAAAAAAGUUAAGUCCAAGCAUGUUUACUGCUUUGACCACGAUUUUUAAUGACGGUGAAAAUGUACAAGACAAAUUAAAGAUUAUUAGCAAUGAUAUUGAAAGUUCUGAUCUUCUAAAUAUAAACAAUCUGAAGUAUGGAAUGUUAGUGGGUGCAUUUGAUAAUGUAACUAAUUUGUAUGGUCGUGGAUAUGUGACUUUGGUAGCUGGAAACAGUGUUAAUGUUGCUUUGAGCGAUUAUGGUAGAGUAAUCAAUACAAUAAAAAUUAGAGAAGUACCUGAAAAAUAUAAUCAGGUACCAGCCUAUUCAUUUAAAGUGCAUACCAAAGGUGACUAUGUUCCACAGUUAAAAAAAACAUCUUAUAUUUUUAAAGUGGGCAGUGUUUGCCCAACAAGAAUCGUGUUGAUUAUAUUUGAUGAAAAUAAAGAAAUUAAAGCCCAAUUGAAAAAAUGGCAGCCUACUAUAGAAGAAUCGGGUGUUCCAUAUAUUGAUUUUAAGAACAAUAGCUCAGUAGAAUUGCUAAAAUUAAAUUAUAUGAACUCAGCAUUUAUUAGAUCAAAAGAAAAGCACCAUUUUGAAUUUCUUUUUUCAUCCUGGAACAAUUUGGCAGCUUAUUGCUAUAAAAAUUCUCAAGCUUUAAAUAGAGAACCAGUUUAUGGCGAAAUCGUAGGAUUUAAAUCUCCUAUAACCAAUAAUUAUGUCAGAGGUAGAGUUCAUAAAUUGUUCAGAGACAACAUUUAUUCUGUGAAGCAUAUGGAUAAUCCCAUAAAAGAAAGUAUCAAGUUGUCUGAAAUGAUAGAACUACAGUUUGAACAUAAAAGUAUACCUGUAAGUUUUUUAAAAGUAGGACUGAAAAAUGCUUUACCAUAUCCUAUCCAGUUUGAUGCUGCAUUUUUAGUCAAACAUGUUAUUGGUGUUCGCCUUUCUGUGCAUUUUGAUGAAUCAAAAGCAGAAGGAUGGAAACAUGUAGAUUUAACUAUUAUACCCGUAAAAGAAAAUAUGAAUUCUAUAUUAUAUAAUUUAGUUGAACCAUUGUGGCUGAAAGAUGAUGCUAAUACAGAUAGUAGUGAUGGAAGCUAUUCUAAAUACAUGGAUUUAUUAAGGAAUGAAUUAGUUGAGAAAUCCGUGGUGAUCAUGAAGUUUGUUGUAUAUCAUGAUGGAGUAUUUUAUAUGAGAGACAAAUUGUUUGGAAAGUCUUUUUCAAUUUUAUCUGACAUGAUUAAAGAGUAUAGUGGUCUGAAUUUAAAUCCUUAUUUACCACAUAUUGAUGAAGUAUGCCUAGGUCAAUUUCCAGAUGGUAUGUGGUACAGAGUAAUAUGUGAUCAAAUGAAACCGGGUUCAUUGGUAAAAGUACAUUCUAUAGAUUUGGGAAACAUCGCAUAUUUGAAUACUAGAAAUUUAAAAAAACUCCCAUUAGAAUUACUUUUUCAUCCAACUCAUGUUUCUCUGUGCAUUUUAGAUUCUUCCAUUCAGAUAAAUGAAAAAAAUAUAGAAAUAUUGCAAAAAUAUGAAAAUACCGAUUGCGAAGUAACUGUUUUGAAAAGUUUAGGUGGUAAAAAUCAUUACUUAAUCAACUGUCCAUUCUUUGAAGAGAUUCUUCAAUAACUUUUUAGACAUUAGUUAUAAGAAUAGUUUUAAUAUCUUAAUUUAAGAUAAUCAAAAAAUUAUAUGAACAACAUAUAUAAUCAAAAGAAUUUGUAUCUAUUAUAAGCUACAUUUAAUAUUUACUUUUUAGUAACAAUUUUUAAUUGUACAUUGUUAUAUAAAUUCAUUUUUUUUCCUAAUUUUUGGAUUGAUCAUUUUUAGUAUAAGUUGAAUGCAUUAGUAAGCAGUUCAAAUCUAACUCUCAAAUCAAAUAUAUUAAAUAUUUAACUGGGCAUAAUAAUAUGUUAGUUGUAAAAUUAAUAUUUUUAUUUUAUAUUCAUUAGGGUAGGCAAGCCUCAAGCAUUUUAUAUUUGAUUAAAUCCUUAAUUUUUUUUUAAUCGUCAGUAAGAUUACAUGCAUUAUUGUAACAAAUGGGACAGGCUGAGCGUAGUUAUUAUACUCCGUAACAUACAAAAAUUUCGAUUUCAGAUCCAUUCAAAUUGUAUAAAUUAGAAGAUUUUAUAACAAAAUACAUAACUACAAUAAUUUAUAAUCUUGUUAAUAGGUAUAUGAUAUUUUAUUUUCAUAAAACAUUAAUAUCUCAUAGAAGUAUUUAAUUUUAACUUUUUUCUUAGUUUUUGAUGAAUAAUUGUUUGUAUCAUAUUAUUGCAUACAUUUCUUAAUAGACUGUUAAUUAUAUUAAAUCCCAAAAAAUAAAUAAAGAUGUAUCAAGUGUUUUAUUUUCAA